UUAUCAGUAUUUUUGAUGAAAUUUGGCGUUCUUUCGGCAAUUCUGUAUUGUUUGCAUGAUUUUUCAGUAUUUCAAUGCUUUUUCUCGUUUUAUUUGAGUUUUUUGUACUAUUUUCAAUCAUUUAUUACACCUAAAGCUUACAUUCAGAAUAAACAUCUUGCGGUAAAAUCCAUUGAUGUAAAUAUCGUAUUCUAUAAAUCAAGUAACCGUUACAAUGACCACGAAAACGGAAGAAUUGAAGAAACAGCUUCGCAAACCGUGUAACGCAACGUGUAUUCACAAAUGUACGAACAUCAUCAACGAGAACCAACGUCAACAAAUCUUGAAGUACUUCUACGGUCUAGGCGAACUGAAUCUUCAACGGUUAUUCGUCCAAAAAUGCGUCGAACAAGACGAAGAGGAAUCUAAAGACGGUGUCGUAGUCCAUAAAUACUUUUUUACCAUCAACGGACGACGUAUACGUGUAUGCAAAUUAUUUUUCUUAUCUACGCUCGCUAUCAAGCCUAAUUUUGUGACCGAAGCUCUUGAAAUUGUAUUCGACGAUAAAGCUCAGGACGACGAAAAAUACGUACAUCCGAAGAUCAUCGAAGGUGUAAUGAAUCAUAUUAAAUCCAUUCCGAGGAUUAUCUCGUGUGUGAUUGACGAUAAAGGUGAACGAGAGUACGUGGAGAGUAGUAUUAAUGUGCAGACCAUGUAUCAGUUGUACAUUAAAUACUGUAAGGAUCAUAAUUAUCCUCAAACCACCUACGAAAUAUAUCAAGGUAUUUUCGCCAGCCAGAAUGAAGUUUUCAAAAAAUGCCAAGAAUCUUUACCUUUGCUUGAUGUAAAUGAAGUCACUAUCAUUACACUGAAGGCUGAUAAUAAGACUACCAGUACUGCUUCGUGAUAGCCUACUUGUUCGGUUUGUACAUAAGACUUUUUUGAGUGUAAAUUUAUGGCGGGAUGUAAAUUGAAAAUGCAAUUUCCAAGUGAUGCAUGAUAAUACAACGUGUCUGUUGUCGAGUAUUGAAUAAACUCGGUGAUAAUUUAUGGAUUUUGAUCAAACGAGAUUGAUCGCUGGUAUGUUCAUUGACUCCUAUUAUAAGUAGAUUUUUAUCCUCCUUACAUUUAUACUCAAAUGUUGACCAAGUGCUGAUGGUCAGGUACGAAAAGCACUGUCGUUUUAUGAUCCUUUUGCGAGCAAUAUGGUUGUCAAGAAAAUUUAUUUCAGAUUUUUUAUUUUUUGUGUUUGCUAUCAAUUUAAUCAUUUUCACUUUGUAAUUUACUUUGUACUUAGGCUAAUAAAUUGUUCAUCAAUGUGA